AUGAUAUUGUGCAAUGCCCCGCCAAGUAACGGAGGUCCUUGUCGAAGAGAUCCAAUAGACAAAUGGACCUUUGUGAAGAGCCACAAGAAUUGCGUAGAACUGGAUUAUUUUGGAUGCCCAGACACAAAAAACCUUUUCGACUCAAAAGAGGAAUGUCAAAAAGCCUGUUUUUAACUCUCAUGUGUGUCAAUAGAAUAUAAUGUGCUUAAUUAAA